AUGAAUGCCAAAAUGCGAGCAAUCGACAUCCAAGGAGGAAAGGGCCCCCGGGAGAAUCUUGUCAUGAACCCCGAUGUCCCUAAACCGAUUCCGAAAGAGGGUGAGGUCCUCGUCAAAGUCAAAGCCUUCGGUAUAAACCGUAUGGACCAGAUACAGCGCGAGGGUAACUACCCUGUCCCCGCUGGCGCCUCCCAUAUCCUAGGGGUCGAGUUCAGCGGCACCGUCGACUCCCUCGGGCCCCCUUCGGCGUCGCACCCGGACCCCCACGACUUCCGACCGGGCGAGCCAGUUUUCGGCCUAGCCUACGGCGGCGCCUACGCGGAAUACGUAGCCGUCAGCGCCCGCAUGCUGCUCCGCAAACCCGACUUUUUGACCUGGGAGCAGGCCGCCGCCAUCCCAGAGACGUGGAUCACCGCCCUGCAGGCCCUGCACGUCGUCGGCGGCGUCAAACCGGGCGACAACGUCCUCUGGCACGCCGGGGCGUCCGGUGUCUCUGUGGCGGGUAUCCAGCUCAGCCGCCUGGCCCAGGCCGGCGCCGUGUUCGCCACCGCCGGCACGGACGCCAAGUGCGCUUUCAUCCGGGACGAGCUGGGCGCCACGGCCACCUUCAAUUACAAGACCCAGGACUGGGCGCGUGGCGUCCAGGAUGCCACAGGCGGGCGAGGUGCGGACCUGAUCAUUGAUUUCGUAGGCGGAGGCGACUACUUUCCGAAGAACCUCGAGGUGGCUGCCCGGGACGGGAAGCUGGUGAUGCUGGGCCUUCUGGGAGGCGGUAGCGUGGAGAAUGUUAACGUGUCACUCAUUCUCUAUAAGAGACUGCGCAUCGAGGGCAGCACGCUGCGGAGCCGGGAUAUUGAGUAUCAGGCCCGUCUGCGCGAUCGUCUGGAGGCGUGCUUGCCGGACUUUGAGUCGGAGAAGCUGAAGAUUGUGAUUGACACCGUCUUCCCUUGGGAAGACAUACGGACCGCACACGAGUACAUCGAACAGAACAAAAAUUCUGGAAAGAUCGUCUGUACCCUUUCUUAA